ACGACUGAGGACAGCUGAAAUGCAGUACCAAGACAGGCUACAAUGCUACAAUGUUUCUUACAACCAUUGUACCGCUGAAGUAAUGCAAUAUGAUGCGAGAUGAAGUAGCCUGGCGUUGGCUGAUCUUAAUAUAAUUAGCUUUGUGUGGAUGUAAAGAUAUGGAUCUCACCGAGGAUGUCAGUUAGAUGAUCCUGUUGGAGCAAGACCUAGAAGACUAAAACAGACCCAGGCUGGCAGGGCAGAGGGAGCAGAGAGAUGUUGUAACCUAACGCGGGGGAAGAUGCCAUCCCUACGCGCAAUGGCGAUGACCGGGGGAGCCCUGUUAAUAGCCAUCGGGCUGUCACUCUUUUUGACCAUGCAUCCGCCCCUGCAACUAGUCGGCUUCCUUUUGGGUGUUUUCGGCAUCAUCAUCCUCGUGUACGCCUUCUGCCAAUCCAUGAAGUCUGACCAUGUAGCUGUCCCGGGACACUUCUUGCUCCAUCCACGCACAGGGACGCGCUACAGUCCCCAUCAAGCCAUGGCCAUUCAAAGGAGGCUCGAUAGGAUCCGCCGAGCGGCCGAGGAGGAGGGACACCAGGUCCGGCCCGUCAGCACCCCCCCAGCCUUGCUUCAGCACCUUAGUCAGCAGAGCCUUCCGCGGACACCCCCGCCCUGGGAGAUGGAGCCACCGCCGUCCUACGAGACGGUCAUGAAGGGCAGCCAGAGUCCCGUCCAGAACUCGUGACAGACCGGACUGACUGUCUCCUGCCUGAUGGCGAGAGCACACAAACCAGCUUUGUCUCCAGUGGCUCGUCGUGACCAGUUUGUGCCUUUGGGUGGAGGGGUGUCAUUGGGAACCCCCCCCCCCCCCCCCCCCCCCCCAUCCCCUGCCCCCUUUCUGAGGAGGGUUCGAGUGAAGAAUGUCAAAUGAUGAUUACUUUUUUUCUUUCUCACACUAGGCCUCGUGGGGCCCGUAGCCAGCUAUGAGGUCACCAAGGUCCGGAUCUCGGUCAUUUUUUUUAACUAAAAAUAACUGUUGAAAUACAACUGGAUAAAAAAAAUCAGUGGUUGAGAACAUCUUAAUGGGACAUCUUCACAGGGAUUCAUUUUAGACAUGUUAUGAGAGUCUGCUGCGAGUGAGAACUUUGAAAAUGGGGUGCAAGAACAGUUCCUGGCAUCAGCAGCACUUCCCCUGAUCUUGUGUGUGAACUGCAGGAAGCAUACCAAUUGCUGAGAUAUUGCAAAGCUGAUUAUGCCUAAGAAUUGUUCAAACAGUAACAUGGUAGGCUGCAGUGUCUGGAAUUGCAAGACAUGAAACAUGUUAAACAAGCGUCAUAUUGCAUAUUAGGUCUUAUUCGAUACAACCACUGAUUGAUAAACAGGGACAACAUCAAUUAUAGUAGGUUAGCCCGUCAAACCAGUUCAAAGCUAAAUGUGGAAGGGUACAAUAAUGACAUUAGCUUAUAGUAACACUUUGAUUUUUUGUCAUUUUCUUGGAUAUAAGGUUAUUAUUAUCAUGUGUCAUACAGUAGACCUGUGGAGUUUGAUGUUCUAGAAUACUUUUGACAUCUUUCUAACAGGCCCAACUAAAACAGCACCAUUAGAAGUAGAUGGGGUGGGGUAAAGAGGGAACAUCCAACAUCAAAACAAUUCAGUUCAGAUAGUUUACUUACAAUUGAAGGGACACUAUGGAACAGUUUGGCACUUUUUUGAGGUAUUUUAUCAGACAACCAAGUUCCCCCGCUGCACUGAAAGGAUAAGAGGCAGAGCAAAGAUCACCUCCAUGAUCUGUACUCCUGCACAGGCUUAAGGAUGACUGACAAAUGGUUCCUCCAGUGUAGUCUUGCAGUUGGGAAGAUGAUUACAGUUCCAGUGGAUGGAUCAGGUCUUUUCAUUAACCAGUUUCUGGACUGAAUGUAUUAAUGUGGCCCUUCGAGCAGGAAAAAAGGUAUUAGGUCCACCUAGUUAGCAUUUUCUGGUCUCUACCUCUCUCUUGUGUUACUCAGUGAAAUAUACUCAGGCAUUGGGAGUGCUUCGCAUACAGUUCUGAAUGUUAAUUUUUUUUGGUUGGAAUUGUAUCUCACCCAAUUAAGUGUCAGAGAAUACAUCAUCCUAAUACAAGAGACAAAUGCACUUAUAAGUUUUUGUAUGUAAGGUCUUGCAUCCGGUCAAUGGAUUCCAGACUUUCUCUGCUGAAAUAUGUUUUCAUAGGAAGGACACUUCCCACUCAGCAGGAGUUUGUUUAUGCAUUUUGGAGUACUUGUGCACUUACAAGGUCAGGGCUUUCAUUGUUGGCAGUCUCUACCUAUCAAUUCACAUUCUGAUGAUGCUUGUUGCCUGCUUGCUUCUGCUUAACUCAGCAUGGACAAUACAUCUGCAGUCUCAAAGUGCCUUGUCAAGAUACCAAGAGGCCUGGGCAUGUGUUAUUGAAUAAUAAUGAGUGCUUCAUUGUCAAGCCAUGGUUGGAAUUAAUGUUUAUUUUAAAAACUUAACAACUGAAUAGAUGUACUGGUAUACUGGAUGGAACAGUAAGACGUUACAGUUAUUAUCUUUUUGGCCGUGCAUAUGGAUGUAUGUAUGCCUGGUCAUGAUAGAGGAUGGUACACUAUGCAUCAGGUGCCUUCUGACCCCCAGGUUAGAUCCAGGGGCUCUACCCACUGCAUUGAUGAAUUGGCACUCACUGCCAAUAACUUUAUUACUAGCAUCUAAAAGUUUGAGGAUUUGACUCCUUAUCGAUGAUUCUUCAUUUCAUGUGGCCUAAAGAUGUUACGUCUAUGCUAUUACUGGUUCUGUAAUGUAUCCCAGCUGUUUACAUGGCAAUCAGUAAUCAGUUAAAUUGGUUCUGUCGCUGAGGUUUUCUAUGUCAUGGUUACACACUUACCAUAAUGCAAGUGAAUACUGAUGCUUUGAUGACCUUUGUUAAUUGUUCACUUGUCAGCAUGAGAAAAUACAUAAUAAGGGAUCUAUGCCUUUAAUCUGUGAGGCACUUCAGUGUAAGUGUGAAAUGUGUUUCAUUUGUGAAUAUAUAUAUAUAUGUCUCUCAGAGCCAAGAAUGUUGUAUGUUCAAUGUUUACUGAACUGUAAAGGUUUUUAUAACAUGGCAAAUAUGUGCACAAACAAAUACAUUCACAGGUCUAAACACAAAA